AGGAGCUGAGCGCGUGAGAGACUGGGAAUGAGAGACGUUUUAACUCCAGUUCGCUGCUGAUGAUCUUCUCUCUAGAUGGCAGCCAUUCAGAUGACCACGCAGACAAAGCUGUCAAAGAGCAGAGAGUCUCUGCCUUACGGCCACAAACUUGUUCUGACGGAGGACAAGUCAAGAAGGGUGACUCCAUCUGUUUACAUCCAGGAGAUGCUACAGUCCACAGAGGAGCGCCUGGCAAACACCAAGGAGAUGCACCCGCCCCGGAUCCUGGAGCUCCUCGACAUGAGCAAGACGUCACAUCACAAACUGUCCUUGGUGGACCUAGACCAGGCACUUUUCCAGCCCUGCCCAUCCGAGCUGUGCUUCCAGAACUUCUCUCCUGCACAGACCUACAAGCUGCCUCUAAUCCUCUUCAACAUGGACAAGGUUUCUCGACAAGUGAAGCUGGAGCUGCAGGUCUCAGAGUAUUUCCAUGUGGAAUCCUCAAAGGAUUCAGCUAGCAAGGUUGCACCAGGAAUGUCUACGACUUUCACAGUAUGCUUCACCCCGCAAGAGAACAAGGACUACGACCACAGGCUGGUUUUCGUGACCGAGAGAGAGCGGUUCGAGGUGCCAGUCCGCGCCAUCGGGCCACGGGCCAUCCUUGACUUCCGAGAUGAGCUCUAUCUACCGCUCUGUCCCGUGAAAGCCUCCACAGAGAGGACUCAGCUAGUCCGCAACAUAGGAAACCGCAUGGCUAAGUUCACGCUGCACACACAAAGCCCUUUCUCAGUGACGCCCUCCUCUGGGACUCUUGAUAUAGGCGGGAGCAUGCAGGUGACGGUGAAUUUCCACCCAGUGACCACAGGAGACCACAGCGAGGACCUGCACCUGCACUACCACACUGGUGAGAGAAUAUCCAGGCGUCGUGAAUCUCGGUUACCUCUCACAAUCCAGGCUGAGGGCAUGGGACCUAAACUCCGCCUCAACUACAACCUGUUGGACAUGAAAAAUGUUUUCAUCGGUAGCAAAAACUGUUUUGAGGUACUGGUGUCCAACAAGGGGCUGAUUGAUGGCCCCUUCCAGCUGUCAUGUCCCGACACCACUUUUGGGAUGUUUCUCCUUCAGUCCGAGGAAGGUGUCAUUCCCUCUGGGGGCUGCCAGAUUGUGGAGGUCACCUUCCAUAGUCGCAUCCUGGGAACCUUCUCUGAGGACUUGCAGCUGGCUGUCACAGGGCAGCCCAGACCACUUACCUUGACCUUCAGGGGCUGCGUCGUAGGUCCCACAUUCCACUUCAAUGUCUCAGAGCUCAAUUUUGGAGAUGUGGCCUUUGGUUUCCCACUUACAACGGUUUGCACCCUCUUCAAUACCUCUCUGGUGCCGAUGACCUUUGCCCUACGUGUCCUUGGAGAUGGACUGGGAUCGCCGAGUGUUAGUUGCUCCCAACAAGUAUCUGAGAUGUCCAGAAACAAUUGGCGAAGCAGCGCUGCUAGAGACGUUCAUGCACGGCCUGUGGAGUUCACCGUCAACCCUGCCGUCGGCUCUGUUCGGGCCUUGUCCGAUGUCACCAUUAAGGUGACGUUGUGCUCCAACACAGCCGGGAGCUACAGGCUGGCGCUGGUGGUGGAUGUCGACGGUGUCGGGAAGGAGAUCAUGACUCUGCCCAUCAAUGCCAGAUGUGUUGUGCCUGAGAUUGUGCUGGAGACCCCGGUGUUGGACUUUCAGAGAUGUUUCCUGAAUUACUCCUAUGAACAGCAAGUGCGGCUCAGCAACCCCAGCGCUCUGCCGGUCUGCUACGGGCUGCUCGACCAGGAAUAUGAGGAGAAUCCAUCACAGCUUUUUGGCAGUUCUCGACCCAGAGGAGUGAUUUUCCCUCACACUUCCGAGAUGGUUCCCGUGUUCCUGCUGACUAAGGCGGUUGGAAGGCUGCAGCACAGUCUACAUAUUGCAGUGUAUGGCAGUGUUCAUCCACCCCUGGAGGUGGUCUUGUCGAGUAUUGGACAGGGUCCAGUUGUUCAUGUUCAAAACCCACAGCUGGACUUCGGCAAAAUCCCAGUUCUGACAGACGUCACCAGGACCCUCCAACUGUCGAACCAGUCCCCUACUCCAGCCAACUUCAGGGCUCGUAUGAGCCGCGGAAAGUCCUUCUGGCGUGUGGAGCCCAGUGAAGGUGAAGUACCACCGAACAGCCAGCUGGAGCUUUGUGUAGUUGCACACCUGAAGGACACAAUCGAGUUCCAGGACAGAAUGGAAGUGUCCAUCCAGCAUGGUAGAACACUCAAGGUCCCACUGUCUGCCACAGGCACCGGCACCACCAUUGUCAGUGACAAGCCUUUUGCCCCAAUCCUUGACUUAGGGACAUACUUCAGCCAUGAGCCCUGCCAGUACCACUUCAAGCUGACCAACCAAGGCCAAAGGGUUCACCGGAUGUACUGGGGGACUGAUGGCAACCCGCCCCAGACCAAAACCCGCAGGUGGAACAACUUGUCUGGUCGACCCGUCCUGCCCCCCAUCUCGGACCCCAAGAAGAAGGAUGUCCAGAAGCGUGGAUCUGUACUCUCCUGUCACAGAGACAAGCCAGUGUUCAGCCUCAUGCCUUGUCGGCUGGAGCUUUUCCCAGGCUGCUCGGCUGAUAUGGUGCUGACAGGAUCCUCAGACUCAAACAAGGUUGUACAGGAGCGUCUGCUGUGCAAAGCCAUCGUGGGUCCGCAGGGCUCUUACGAGGUGCUCAUGUCUGUAGAUGUCACCUGUCGCUUUGUUGCUCCUGUGCUCGACUUCUCCUCAAAACAGCUGAACUUCUACAUCGAGAAGGUUCCAGGAAAUGAUAUCAGACCUCUCUAUGAGAAACUGGUCUUGAAGAACGUGUCGUCUCUGAACCUGUCCAUGAAGCUCUCUCUUGUGGAGCCAUUCUCUCUGUGUGACGCCCCCGGAGCACAGAGCUCAGCUUCCACUAGGUUCAUGGCUUUAGGUGACGGGAAACAGGCUGACUUGUGGGUGUGCUUUCAUCCAGAUUGUCAAGAUCGGGAGUCACGAGUCGUGGAGGAGUUCCUUGAGGUGCAGUACGAGGGACACCCACAGAAGGAUUUGGUGGCGCUGCACGCUGAAGUCCACUUCCCCAACCUGCACUUCUCCUCCACCACAGUGGACUUUGGCUGCGUGCUCAACCACUCAGAGACUAAAAGAACAAUCACAAUGACCAACUGCUCCAAGUUGCCUGUGUCCUACCGCUGGGCCUUCCAGGAGAACCAGAAUCACCGCACCCUCAGAGAGACAGAGAUGCCAGAAGAAGAGAAUGUGCCUGAAGAUGGGAGAAGACAUCCUCCUCCCUCUUUAGAUCCCCUGAACCCCAGGACUGGUGUGGAUGAGGUUUUUGACGUCUUGCCGUUGUACGGUCGCCUGCAGCCUGGAGACCAGCAGCUCGUGAAUUUGUCUUUCUAUGGCCACACACACAUCAGCAGAGAGGUGACAGCCCUGUGCCAUGUGGAGGAGGGGCCCACAUAUGAAAUGAAACUCAGGGGAGAAGCGUCAGUAAUCAGCUACAGCCUUGACUUCACCCACGUCAACUUGGGUGUGCAGCUUUUCGAUCACGUCGGGGAAGGUGAGGUGACCCUGAGGAAUACUGGCAAAGUGGGCUUCAGAUUCAACAUCACACACCCACAAAACCAGGAGGAGGCAGCAGCUCUGCGGAAGGCCUCAGAAGAGGAGGAGCAACAACAAGAUGCAAAAGAUAAUGGAGAAAAUGAAGAGCUGCAGAUAGUCAGACCUGGUCAGCCCAUGGUCGUCCCAGCCUCGGGUCACAUCGAGGCUGGUGCGGAGCAGCGCCUGCGUGUGCUCUACCUCCCCGGCACCCCGGAGGUUUUUGAGAAGCGGCUCCAGCUGAACGUGGCGUUCCUUCCAGCUCAGGACAUCACUGUGACUGGAGAGGGAGUGUUCCCAAGGAUCAGCCUGGACCUACCUCGAAACCUGUCAAACGAGUGCUACAGUGACGUGGUGCAACAGGCCCGAACAACUGUGGAGCCAAAUGGUGAAGGAUCGACAGCAGAGUAUGAAGAGCUGCUUCACCUGGAGGUCGACAGAGCGCUGGUCAAAGAAAACGCUCUCACCAUGACGGCCAGCUUCCUGAAGCUCAGCUGCUCAGAGAGCUCCUUUCGGAAGUGUGACAAACUUAGCAAGUUCCUGCUGCCAGAGUACGUUCUGGACUUUGGUCACGUGAUUCCCAGGACAGUCCUCCUCCACACUGUGAAUGUCACCAACUCUGGAUCAGUACCUGUGUCGUUCCAGGCCAAUCACAGACCGCUCGCCGACACAGGUUUCAGUGCUGAGUUGGACCGGGUGAAGAAUCUGCCCUGUGCGGAGACUCGGAGCUUCACAGUUAAAUUUGAUCCUCAAGGAGCCAAUCAGCAGCUGGGAUACAUCAGGGUUGUCAUGCCGUUACAGGUUGCAGGAGGUCCGAUGGUGCAGGUGUGGCUGAGCGCAGUGGUGAACGUGCCGGCAGUUACUGUUUCCACGGAUUCACUCCAGUUCGACUCUGUACAGUGUGGAAUGUGUCAGAUCAAGAUAAUACAGCUGGUUAAUCGUGAGUCCGUGCCCUGCGACUGGAGCCUGGCUGAGCACGUGAAGCCUUUUCCAAAGGUUGACAAGUUCCUGCCUCUUCAUCUGCGUAAGAAAGUCCGGCAGGCGCAGCGAUCCCCUCCGCCGGUGUUUACGAUGAUUCCCUCCUCCUGCGUGCUGGCCCCUGGUGAACAAGUCAACGUCCACGUACGGUUCAGUCCUACUGAAGGGCAUGCGUACCACCGGCAGCUCAUGGUCCGCGUGGCUGACAACACGGAGCCGGUGAUCAUUACUGCCCAGGGUCAGGGUGAGGAGCCACAGCUUGAGUUCGGCCCGUCGGUGCUGGAGCUGGGACCUUGCCUGCCUUCGUCCACUGACGUAGAGUCUGAGGUCAUCGUCAGAAACCCCUGCUCGUUUCCCAUUGAGUUCUACUCUCUGGACUUCGACACACAGUAUCUGGAGGAAGAGAAGAUCCUGCGUCUGAUGCAAGGUUACGAUGAGAACAACAUAUUGCUGCUGCCCCCCAGAGUCCCUGGAGAAAGUCUUCCCAGAGAACUGCUCGACUACUACAAGGAACAUUGCUCCCAGCUGAAAGAAGAUGAGAUGACCACAGAGGAAAGCAGUGGGAAAGUGGGAGAGCUCGAAACGAACUCAGUCUCCAGAGCGAUCGCCCGCCACAUGCGUGAAAACCUUCCACCGGAGAAUCUGGCUGCACGCGACUGCAUAGGCAUUUCGAUUAUUGUGUAUGGAGCUCCACAGACAGGUGGGAGCAGCACAGCCGCCGCUCUGGCUCGUCACUAUGGAGCUGCAUGUGUCAGUGUUGAUGCAGUGGUUACAGAUGUGCUGACUCAUGGCACCUCACCUGUUGGCUUGAUGGCAAGACAACUCUAUGACUUCGCUGCUGCCGAGUACGCUAGGAAAGAGGCUGCUCAGAAAACAGAUGGAACCAAAGAACCAGAACCUGCAGAACAUGAUGAAGCCUCAGACCCAAGUAAAGAUUCACCUCCGGCUUUACUGCAACUUGUUCCAAAAGCAAAUGAGGAAGGCUGCAGUAGAAACGGCAACAAGAAAACUCAGGAGACUGAAAAACCAUACGAUUCCCUCUGCCUGGGUGGAGAUAUGACCACACUCAGGAGUCUCUUACCUGAUCAUCUACUGGUUGAUAUCCUGGUGGAGAGACUUCAGUCAAAAGACUGCCACCGCGGGGUCGUGAUCGACGGCCUGGAGUCUGUGUUCUCUCAAUCUGUGGCUAGCACGCUGCAGGUCGUCCUCAAGGCCUUGAAAAACAUUAAACACAUCUACGUGGUCAAUUUGUUCGACUCCUUUGUUGCCAGGACGGCACGGGACAGAGCGCAGAGAGAAGCUGAAGAGGCUCUGCAGAAGGAGAAAGAGGAGAGGGAGGAGCAGUGGUUUCUGGAGCUGGAUGAGGAGGAGUAUGACGCUCUGCCAGAGGAGCAGAGAGAAUUUCUUAAACAGCAACAAAAAGACAGAGUCCAACGGCAGAAACUCAGGGAGUUGGAGCAAAUUGCGAAAGAGGAGGAAGAAAGGAUGCAGCAGGAGGAGUUGAACAGGCUGAAAGAAGAAGAGUUGAAGAAGAAGGGAAAAAAGGGUGGAAAGAAAGAUACUAAAGACAGUUCGAGCAGGAAGAGCGCAAUGGAAGGAAAGCCGACCGUGGAUUCAACAAAUAAACGGAUCUUAUCUACCUCCAACAACUUUAAAGAAUUAAAUGAAGGUUCUCAAAACAAAGAGGCCGAUGAGUCACAAAAGCAGAUGGAAGAAAACAAACAGUUACAUGCAGAUCCUACCACAGAUAAGACGGAGAUAGAAGAGACUGCGGAAACUGCAGAGAUGAAGACGCUGAGAGAAGAAAGAGAUGUGACGAAAACCAAAAAGAGUGGAGAAGGGUCAGGGAGGAAGGGUCCAUCUGCUGGAAAGGAGUCAACAGCUGCACAGGAUGCAUCUAAAGUAUCAACCUAUCAAGGUAAAGAGGGGGGUCACUCACCCAAGAAGACAGAAGAAGCGAAGGGAUUACCUGGAGAGACGCCUCAAACUGAAGACGUGGAGGGAGACACGACUGUGGUGUCUGAGCUGCAGUCUCAGUUCCUUGCCUAUGAGCAGAGUCAAGUGCAGGUGGAGCACAUCCUGAAGCACUGGGACCGGGCCAGGGUCUUGUUGCUGGUCGCGCUUGCCAGUGAAGCUCCACCAGUGCCAGAGGAUCCCCCGGCUGACAAACAGAGUCCUUUUGGCAAAAAGAGCAAGAAAGCCGGCGGCAAGACGAUGUCUCCGAUGCUUACGACGGCAGAUGCAGAAAAGGAAGGAGACAAGUUGCCUCCUCCGGUCAUCAUCCCUCACAUUGUGCUCAACGUCACGGAGAAGGACCAUCCCAGUCCUUCAAAGCUGCUCAGAGGCAGCAGCCUGCCUCCACUGGAUGAGGUGUUGGAUCAUUUGGGGCUGGGACCCAGCAGCCCCCCCCUCCCGCCUCCCGUCACCUUCUCGGUUGUUCCUUUCCCCCAAAACAGGGAGCAAACAAACGGUCGAUUCAGCCGUGAGCCUUUCACCUUCCUAGUUACUUCAGGGCCGGACAAACAUGCUGAAGAGACCAGAGAAAGUCAAAGUUGUGUAUUUGUGUGUUUGUGCCAAAUAAAGGAAGAGCCAACUGUGUCUAAACCUCGCCGCAAGGGCAGCGGAAAGGAGAUCCCAGUAUCAAAGGAGAAGGAUAAAAAAAGCAGAGAGAGUCACAGGAGCAAGAGCCGAACCACAACCAAGAAAAAACCAAGUCUACCGACCCGCUCGCCUACGCUCAAUGACACCACGGCUGAGGCCAAUGAACCAGACCAUCACCAAGAAAUCUUAGAGCUGAAACGCAAUCAGAGCCUGACAACGUUUCGCUGGGUCGUACCAGCCAACGGGGAAGUGCUUCUGAAGAUCUGGUUCUACUCCGAGUCCCUGGGGAAGUUUGAACAGACCUUUCACUUUGAGCUCCUGGGAUCCCAGAGACAAUACCAGCUCCCCUGCAGAGGAAUUAGCAUGUUUCCCUCCAUCUGCACAGAUUACACGACUCUGUUUGCUCUCAGUAAUAAGGUGCCACAAAUGAAAGAAGGCCUCCAGAAGAGCUAUGUUGUCAAACCUGGAUAUUUUGAGUUUGGGCCACUGCUUUGUAGCAAGACUAGAGACAGAUUCAAGGAUGACAGGUACCCAGAGAACACACAGAGGUUGGUGAUUCAUAACAACUCAGGUCUGGAGUCUGAGGUCGAGUUCCAGUUUCAACAUGACACAAAGGCCAUUACGUUUCUGCUGGACCCUCCAACCAUGACUCUCCAACCAGACGAGAAAAAGGAGUUGACAGUGUGGGCCUACCCGACGAAGGUGGCACAGAUGAAUGACAGUGUCAUCUGCUGUAUCAAAGACAAUCCAGAGCCUUUCACUAUCAACUUCUCGUGUUGCGGCGUCCAACCAGAGCUGGAGCUGGAUAGCAGACACAUGCACUUUGACAGAGUUCUGCUGCACAGGCUAAUCAGCCGUAACGUGACACUACGUAAUAAGUCAGCUCUGCCUGUAUCCUGGAGACUGCAUGGUGUGGACGAGCUGGGGGAUGAGUUCAGUGUGCCACAGGAUCAGGGCAUCCUCUCAUCCAACCGCUCUUUCCCCCUGACCUUAAACUUCAGGGCCAAGAAGCCAGUACACAUCAAGAAGACCUUGCGUUUGGAGGUGUCGGAUGCUGAGAACAUUGUCGGCAUCUUACAAACUGAACACAUAGUGGUCCAAGCUGAAGCCUAUGAUGUAGCUCUGGACAUCUCACCAGAUGGAUGUCUAGACUUUGGAACCGUUCAAGCCUUUGAAGGGAAUAACCUCCCUCUGAAGAUGACAAACCAAGGAAAAUAUGAAAUCUCUUACAGGUUCAUGUUGGAGCGGACGGAACCAAACCAGCCAGACCUAGACUCCAUUUUCACUGUGUCCCCCCAGUGUGGCAGUCUAAUGCCCAAAGAGAAGGCGACACAAGUUCAGAUCCAUCUCAAACCCAAAUGUGAACUCCAACUCAAAGAUCAACCCAUCCUGUCCUGCCAGUUGAUUGAACCCAACAUUGGGAGUCGAGGCGAAACCAUAGCCAUCUUGACCAUCAAGGUUUCAUUCCAGUCUGUCUUCUCCAGGUACAUGAUCACACCUAUGCGGGACAUCAACUUCGGUCCACUGGCCUACGGCUGCAAGAAAACCCUGAGCUUUACGAUCGAGAACAACGGAAUCUUUGAGACCCGUUACAGCAUCUGCACAGACUCUUCUCUAACAGUGAAGCCAGUGGUCCCAGAGAAGAAGGAGAAUGUUCCAGGGAGGCUCAAAGUGAGAAACGAGUCCUCCCAGAAAGACCUGACUCCUGUACAGAAUCGCCUCACGUUGGGGGUCUUCUCAGUGUCUCCCUGCGUAGGGAUCCUGCAGCCAGAGUCUCAGCAGGUGGUGACGGUGGAUUGUGCAGCUGACCAGCUGGGCAACUGGAGCCAGGAUUUGCUCAUUGACGUCAGUGACCGUGACCCCUCAGACCAGCCGGAGGGCAUUCCAUACAGACUGCUGGCUAAUGUCUGCAAGCCCGACAUAGUGUUAGACAUGGCCUCAAUCUUUGAAGAGCAUCACCUGUGUCCCGACAGCAGACAGCUCUCCUCUGAGCAGUUUAACGAUGCUGAAGGGAUUUACGUCCUGGAUGAGAACAAGUUCAUCUUCAACAAAGUCCUGGUCAGGAGAACUGCUCAGGCUCGCUUCAAGCUCACCAACAGCAGCAAGGUGCCCUGUGUGCUCAUCUUGUCCAUCAAAAAUAGUGGUAUCAAGUUGACCCGUCAGGUGGAUGCUUUUGAUUUGCCUGCUACAACACUGAACAUCCCCAGCCAGUCGCACGCAUUCGCUGUGGUCACUUUCACGCCACAGUCAAUGCAGCUAUACAAUGCUGUGUUCGAGGCCACAGUGGAGGGAACCAGCAGAACAACCCCCACAUUCAAUACCAAGGGGCUGAAGUUUGACCUGGUGGGAGAGGGCAAUCUGCCCAGUGUGUGUGUGCUGCGUCCGGCACUGAGGACCAGCGAAGGAAGCCCAGCGUUACAGUUCAGACGGGAAUUAGUCGGGAGAAGGAAUAUUCUGCCCCUGGUGCUGCUGAAUGAUGGAACUGUUGCAGCUCAGGUUCAGGUUGACAUGCUGGAUAAACAUGGUGUGUUCAGCUUCAACGCUGCUCCAGGCAACACCUGCAGCUCGAUCCACUUCACACAGCGGGAGGGCUGCACUGACUCAGAUAAUCACCUGGUGCACAGAGCCACUCUCAAGCUGAAUGUUAAUGAACAGGUGGAGAUAAUGGUUGGUUUUUGCUCUGAUGAGCCCUUGAUGGUCGAGGCCAAGUUGACACUGCAGGUGGAGGACAACCAGUGCAGCAAUACCAUUAUACAAGUGACCGCAGAGACUUACCAGAGAAUCGUCUCUAUUGACAACAUCAACUGGUCAUCACAGGAAAUGGACCAGUACAAUGAGAGAGAUAGUUACGAGAAGCUGAAUUUUGGUGACUGCCACGUAGACUGUCACUACCAGGAGAGUUUCACCAUGAAGAACCACAGCAGCAGCCAGGCGGUGAGGUUUGAGUGGCCUCCUACUGGACCUGAGCUCGUCUUUACCCCACAGGUGGGACACCUUCAUGCUGGUUGCUCUAAAGAAGUGACCGUCACCUUUAGCUCCCACCAGCCAGUGACCAUGAAAAGCAAGCUAAUGAGAUGUAAGGUUUGCCAGGUGGAGUUCGAGCAGCCAGUGGACCAGGUGGCCGACUGGGACGACCGACAGAGGACAGUCCAGUGGCUGAGUGGCUCAAAGGAGGAGGCUGCUACACAAUCAGAGCAACCUGCGAAGAAUCAGGUGACAAACCCAGAACCUGAGCCCUGCUGCUCUGUGGUCGAGGGCUCGCAGUGGGACUUGGAUCUACAGAUCAGCGCAGUUUGUGACUAUGUGAAGUUCAACUGCAUCGACACCAGCAUCCACUACGAGGACACCAUGCUCUACCAAAGAAGACUCCACCAGCUGCAGCUGGUGAAUCAGGGUGGUGUCAAGCUGGAAUACUCCUGGCAGGUUGUCAUAGAUCUGAUCAGCAACACAGCCAACGAACAGGAAGCAGCAGCGUCUCCAGAAGCCCGUCCUCACAGCGCUGUGUCCAGUGAGAGGACUCCUCUGAGGGAGGACCCUGAACUGCCUCCCUUCAGUGUGGAGCCCAGCUUCGGGUUCAUAGCUUCUGGGUCCACGCAGAACUUCAGCGUUUGUUUCUCACCUCUGGAAGUGGCCCAGUUUCAGGGCAGGCUGCUCUGCAGUAUUCCCAACCUGCAGGAAGAGAAUCAGGCUCCCUGUAUCCCAGUGUGCGGCCGCAGUCUACAGCCCCACUGCCACUUUGACCUUGAGGACUCGGACUACGUCAGUGGGAACCACCGCAACCCUAAGUUCAGGGACUCUCUGGACCCCGACAUCAGGAUCCUAGAGUUCCAUGCUGUCGGCCUCUCUGUGCCUACAACACGGUCUUUUGCAGUGUUGAACCCAACCGGCAAACUUUACUCAUACAAUUGGAAGUGUGAGAACGCAGGUGGCAGCUUGUUUCGCUGUCUCACCCCACGUGGCAUUGUCCAGCCUGGGAAGCACGUGGAGAUGUUGUUUGAAUAUGUAGCCGAGCAGCUGGAUGUGGUGGAGUCUUUCUGGAGCUUUGUGAUUGAGACUCUGCCGCUGACACUUCCCUUCCUGUUGGUGGGCAACGCCAAAGAACCGCUCGUGUAUCUCAGCAGACCUCUCCUCGACCUGGGAGAAUUACUUGUCGGUCACAAAGUGGAGCAGACAGUUGAUCUGGUGAAUGGAGAGGAGGAGCCUUUUCCCUUCUCGGUGCAGCAGUCAUCUCUGCUCUGUGAAGACCAGCAGUCCAACAUCAUUGUGCAGCCCAUGAGUGGCACAGUGGCACCUAAAGACAGGCUGCCGUUGACUGUGUUCCUCACACCUUGCCGGGAGGGCUAUGUGAGCUGUAGAUUAACUCUGAAGGUGAAGAAGAAGUCCGAGCUGCUCACACUCACUGUGAAGGCCGACUGCUUCACCAUGAGCACUUUGGUUCAAGUUGAGAAUCCAGACGGGGGCCUCAGAGAGAUCGACUCCACCCACCAAGUCACUCUGGACUUUGGAGAGGUUGACAUUUCAAAGCAACCCACCAUUCAUCUUCUGUUGACCAACCUGGCGAGAUUCAGCAUGGAUGUGAAUUUUGACCUAACUGGUCCCAGUGAGCUGCUGAAAUACUUGGAGGCAAAACCACAAAAUGCUUCUGUUGAGAGAGGAAAACAGCUGCAGCUGUCGCUCUUGUUCUGUCCCCGAGGAAACUGCUACCUUCAGGAUGUCAGCCUGACUAUAAAGGUAAAAUAUGGGCCGACAUUUACCUUUGUGGUUUUAGGCAGGGCUGUAGCACCGAGCCUGGAUUUCUCCUUCACCGAAUUCAAUUUUGGCAAGUGCUUCCUGUACUGUCCUGGCAUGGUGCUGCCGUCCCAGACUCUGGUGAUCAGCAACAAAGGCGACCUCGACAUCAGUGUCCAGAGCCAGUUCAAGAACACCUCUUACCUGGAGAUGGACUUCCAGUCCAUUGUUUUGUUACCUGGUGCUGUGAUGGAGGUACCAAUCACCUUCUAUGCCCGAGAGGCGUGUCGAUACCACGAGAGGCUCGGCUUCGUCUUAAACGGCUGCGUUACGAAACAGGUGGACAUACACGGACAAGGGGUCGAGAUGAAGCUGCAUGUGGAGGAUCCAAAGCACAAAGAGGUGAAACUGGGAUCUUUGAUGUUGGGUCAGAAGGUGAAAAAACAGGUGGUUCUGGUGAACCGCAGCCGUACAGAGCUUUCCUUCACUCUGCUGCUCCACUCAGACACACCUCUGGACCCAAGGGAUCUGUCGUUCAGUCCUGCAGGGAAACUGAGCCUGAUGGCUCGUGGUGGAUCUUGUAAGGUUGAGAUCCAGUUCUCUCCUCGUCAGCACAUCCCUCCUUUCAAAGCUGAGCUGCAGGCUGAACUGUUAGGCCUGUUACACCCUCUGCUGACCAUCCAAGGCUGCUGUCACGGUGUGGAGGUGCGGCUGGAUCAGGACCACCUGGCCUUUGGACCUGUCGCUCAGCGGUGCCAGAAGACGAAGAGGAUUGUGAUGACAAACAGCGGAGACAUCGGUGUGAGUUUCCACUGGAAUAAGAGGAGCUUCCCUGCAGAGUUGUCCAUCUCGCCGUCUAAAGGCUCCAUCAGUCCUGGCAUGAAGGUUCCUUUUGAUUUGACCUUUGCCCCCAAGGACCUGAGUAAGGACACGAGAUACGAGAACCUGACUUGCUCCGUGGAGAGCCGCCCCUCGCCCGUCACCCUCACCGUGACAGGCUCCUGCAUUGCAGCUUCCACUAGCAAAGAGGUGGUGAAUUUUGUUUGCCCAGUACGUUGCUCUCACCCUCAAACCCUGACACUGGUAAACCCCUCAAACCAGCGCUGCACCAUCCGACCUGUCAUCGAAGGGAAGCAGUGGAGAGCGGCGCCCUCUGUGGCCCUGGAAGCUCUGCAGAGUAAAGCGUAUGAGAUAACCUACAGACCGCUGACCAUGACUGCUGAAGGAAAGAAACACCUGGGGUCCGUCUUCUUCUCCUUCCCUGAUGGGACAGGCCUGAUGUACCCGCUGCAGGGCACCGCUGAAUCUCCCAAGCCAGAGGAAACUGUUGUGUAUGAGCUUCCUGCCAAGACUCAACACACACAGUCGCUCACUGUGAGCAACUGGCUCUCGGAGAAACAGAGGUUCAAUGUGCAGAUAAAGAUACUGAAGCCUGAAAAACCAGAUGCCACCAUGUCCCUGGAGGGUCCAAAGUUCAUCAAUGUUCCUGCUCUGACUAAGGCCGACUACAAGAUGACUUUCUCCACAUACAGAGAGGGGCAGUACAACUACAAGGUGACAUUUCUUAACGAGGGGACAGGCGAGUACAUGUUCCACCUCGUAAACUUCAAGGCCACUUGUUCAGAAGUCUUAUCCACCAUCAAGCUGGUGAGCAUUGUCCGCCGGACGGCCUCAGCCACUGUGCAGGUGGAGAACCCCCUGACCACAUCCACCUGCCUCACCACCGAGUGUAAAUGCCCCGACAUCAGUGCCCCACCUAAGCAGACUGUGCCCGGACAGUCCAAGGGUUCCCUGACAUUCGAGUACCAGCCUCUGCUUGUUGGAGAAUCCGAGACCCGGCUCACUCUGUUCAGCACUGAUCUGGGUCAUUUCCACUACGACCUGCUGCUCAGAGCUCUGCCUGCACCGCCGGAGAAACCAGUCCACUUCAACACGUCACUGGGCAGCAGCCACUCUCUGCUCGUGAAGUUCAUCUCCCGCUUCGGAACAGAAUACACUUGCAAGGACUUUAAGACGGACUGCCCGGACUUCACCGUGGUCAAGGUCCUCGGCACUUCACCGGGCUUCCAGGCCGGCAGCGAGGCCAGAGUGGAGGUUUGUUUCGAGCCUCACCAGCUGGGGGAAGUGAAGGGACAGCUCACCCUGUCCUCACCCAUCGGUGGUGAAUACUUCUUUCCCUUACAUGGGAUCUGCACCCAUCCCAAAGCCCAGGGCCCGUUUAGCAUCAAGGCCGGUGGCAAGCUCAAGAUCCCAUUCAAGAACGUCUUCGCGCAGAGCAUCGCUUUAUCUUAUCAGGUGGACAACCCCAGCUUCAGUGUGAAAGGAGCCGACACCAUUUCCUCCAAAGAGACACAAAACAUCGUGGUGUCAUUUGAGGCCCCUGCAGGAGGCCCCCCAGGGCCCUGGUCAGGCAAGCUGACCAUCUCCAGCCAGCGCGCUCAGGACGUGCCUUGCUCAUGGGUCUAUUACCUGAGGGGCUACCUUCAAGAUACAGCUUAG